AAUGGCCUCCUUUGGGAAACUCUCGUUCGCGUCCAAGUCCAACCUCCAUGUUAGAGGACUAGCUGAUAAAACUUCGUCAAACAAGUUGGCUGUCUUCCUUCUAAAGUAUCUAAUUCAAAUCAGAGGGCACAAUGUCUCACAAAUACAGUGAAGUUUCUCAAAGAAUUCAGACAACAGAAGCAGCCCAGAUUACACACCCACAUAAGUCUACAACUACUGUUAAGGAGCCAAAAAUAAUCAAAUAUACAGGUGGAGUAACAUCAGCUAGUGGUGAAAGAGGUGGACUUAUAUUUGAUAGGCCAAAUGAAGUUAGACGAUUUCAAAAAAUCUUUCAGGUGCCAAAUUCAUUGCCCGUGUUUCUAAAAAAAGGCAGAAGUGAUGAGCUCAUUUACAAAGGUCUCAUGACAUCAUCAUUGGUUGGAUUAGUCAUUGCAUCUUUUGGAUUCUACAAAAUGGCGAUGCCUUCAAAACCCAAUUAAGUCUAUUUAUAUUGGAUAAAAUGUCUUCCCUUCAAGAGAAUGUUUGAAAAUGACUGGAAAACCCAUUGCUUAAUGACUUGUAGAUAAAUCAUAUGUGAAUGCAUGGAAUUCGUUUGUUAGUACAUGUUAUUGGUUCUGCCUUGUUUUGA